UUUCCUGUAAGAUAAAGAUCACUUGGUAUACACAACAAAAUUCAUGUAAACACAUUUAGUUGCUUCGCAUUACACACUGAGUCACUUUCCUAUACGACCAAGAGAUUGGUCAGUUUUAGGAUCUGCUGUGAUUCCUUGCACUGCCACUAUUAUUUCAUUGACACAUGUUUGCAGCUCACGUAACUCAUUGAUGUGUAGUAAUCUCAGAACUUUAGCUGCUUCAUUCAAAACUGGGUCACCAAGGUAAAACCCACAUUCUUUUGCAGACACACUAAACUUCAAAGGAGAAGCCUUCGCUUCAUUAUCACUCACGCCAUACUUUGUGUCCGAAGACAGUUUUUUCUGUAUCACAAUUCUUAUAGACUCCAAGAGAACACUGGGGUCUGGAUGAUCUGUUACAUGCAACAAUUUUGAUAGAGCUUUGACACCAGUCACGAAUGUUUUAUCUAGUGGAUCGAUGUCAACGGCACGCCUCCCCAACAUUUCCAAAGACUCACUCACCCAACCAAGGCCACACUUCAAUUCAGUGCGUCCACUACAGUUAUCUCCAUAUACAUACCGUACGGCCGCACCUAGCAGCCAAUCAAUUGCAAUCUGUGGCUGUGCAUCGUAACUAUACGGACACUCCAGAUCUUCGAGGUACUGCAAAAAUGUUGUCCUCCACUCAGCUCCUUCGAGAUUAUGCAGACGUGCGCGAUGUUCGAUUUUGUAGUGCCGGAUCUUUUGGUCCUCUAGCCAUAAAACUAAUACCUUCAGAUCUCUAGUAUCCUCCAGAUUAAGAGUGUCGGCAGAUGGGUGACCCAACGCCCUCAAUUUUCUUCUGAACAUUUUGGCCACUUCAGGAGCGAAGCGUGGGGGAAUGUUUCCUACGGCGUAACCGGACAAAGGUUAAAGGUCAAACGUGUAUUCUCUAGGUUGCAGCCUGCGUCUUCUUGCGUGCUACUAGUUGGGCUUGUGGCCUGGUGUUCGUGAUGCCUUACGGGAGGGAUCCGACAGUGAGAGUGUCGGAAAUAACAGACGAAAAUGUGAAAUUUGUAGUAGAAAAUACAGACCUAAGUAUGGCCAACGCACUACGUCGCGUGAUGAUAUGUGAAGUGCCCACAAUUGCUAUAGCAUGGAUACAUCUCAUCAGCAACUCUACUGUUCUCCAUGAUGAGUUUAUUGCUCACAGAAUUGGGUUGGUGCCCCUUACUAGCGAUGACAUCGUUGAGCGUCUUCAGUACUCUAGAGACUGUUCAUGCCAGGAUUUCUGCCCUGAUUGUGCUGUUGAGUUCACUCUGGAUGUCAAGUGUGCAGAUGAAGCUACUAGGCCUGUUACUACUCGAGAUCUCAUUUCUUCUAAUGCAAAAUGUGUACCAGUAACUUCACGGCCAAGGGAGACAGAUUCUUCAGAUUAUAGCCUAACUGAUGGCAUGAGGUCUGCCUUACACUGCUGAACCAAUUCCAACAGUGGAUCACUUUUUCCAGAUAUUCUACUGGUCAAGUUGAGAAAAGGACAGGAGCUCAAGCUUAAAGCAUAUGCAACGAAAGUGAGUUAUAUUAGCAGAUAUGUACUCUUUCAUAGGAACCAGAGGAACCCCAAGAACCAUAGGAACCAUACGAACCCCUGGAAGCAGGGAACCAUAGAAACUCAUAGGAACCAGAG